AUGUCAACUAAUAAAUCCGAACACCUGGCUAUCGGCUAUCCGCCUAAGUCUGCCGGCAGCCAACGUUCUACCUCUCCCGUCACCCAUAUUUCCCCCAUUGAAUCUCCAAGUAACUCUUCGAUCAAGUCUCCUUUCGGCAUGUCAGGCGUAAUGAACCCUGCCUCCAAAAUGGGAGGUGCCUCGCGAUCAGGGGCUGGUUCUCCAUCGCAUGAUACCCCUGGCUCCGCGAGACUGUUCUCUAAGCGGGCCAGAGAAAUCCAAGCCCAAGAGGGCGUCCCUGGGCUUCCUGUGACCAACCCAUGGGGCGGGCCGCCCACUAGUGGAAACUCAACUCCAUUGCGAGAGAAUAUCCCGGAAUCACCUACCGAUGGUUUCCCAGAUUUUGCACAACUACCGAAUACUGAUAGCGCCCCGUCCACCCGACGUGCUCGAGCUGGUACUGUACCUUCUCGAUUUCCCGCAGGUGGUCUCGGCAACGGUCUCUUGAACAUUCCCACGCUCUCUUCCCAGUCUUCUCGCCCAACUCCUACUCAUACUCCAUUCAACAAGACGCCGCCUCCAGGCCUCACUGAGAAUACGAAUGCGUCACAGUCGUCUACUCUCUUGUCGAGACUUCGUGCGGGCUCUAUGCCCCAGCGGAGCCCCUUCUCCCACGGCCCAGGCACUGCCUCGCCAUUUGGGCCCUCCGUUUUCAGCACGUGGAACCCGAGCGGCCGCGAGAGGGGCAAUACUCUUGCUAGUAUCGCAAGCAUUGGGUCUAACGGCCCAAGUUCGCCAGCACAAUCUGCUAUGUCGAAGGACGGGCCAGGCGACAAUGAUGUUCAUAUGAGGACUCUUGAUUACCUAGGCCUGGCUGAGACACCACAGCCAGCUCGUGCCCAGCUCGCCACCCCUUACCUUCCUGGUCUCGCUGAUUUUACUAAACAAGCAAACCGAUUUCGAUCUUACUCGGUGAACAAUAAGGAUAAAUAUGCGGAUGAGGAGGAUGAUGGUUAUGAAGAGGAUGCUAUGGUCAUAGAAAAUCAUUUCGCUCAAUUACAGGAUCAGCUUGCCGCUACGAAUGCUGCAAUCCAUAGCCAUAAUCUUGCUGUGCAGAAUCUUCAGACAUUGACCUCUCAAGCUGUCACCCGGCCUCGUGCACGGACAGCUGGAGUGCUUGAUCUCCAAGGCGCAGGUUCGCGACUUAUGCGCAAUUACUAUCCCACUCCCUCGCGUCUUGAUAACUCGAUAACUGCGGCUGAAAUACGGUUAUCGGACGAAAAAGACUACGAUGAACUCCCAACAGCUGUGGCUGCGAUGAAUCUAGGUCGGUCAAAUAGCCGAAACAAUGGUUUAUUGACAGCAGAGGAAGCUGGUCUUGAGGGCCCGACUAGUGCGUUGUGGCUAGGGAGUAUCCCGACAUCGACCACUAUCUCUACGCUUACCGAAAUGUUCAAAUCUUAUGGGCCUAUUUCGUCGGCAAGAGUUUUGACUCAUAAGAAUUGUGGUUUCGUCAACUUUGAGAGGACCGAUAGUGCGAUUGCGGCCAAGGCUGGUAUGAACGGCAAGGAGAUCUUUCCUGGUGCCGGCCCGAUUCGAAUCAAUUUUGCCAAGCCUCCCUCAGCUUCCAACACACCCGGGCAUGACAGUACCUUCCCAAGCCCAAGCCCUGAUCCGUUUGCAAAGCAUCAAGAUACCAAUGGCACAGCUGCUGCUGGUGCUACCCCAGAUGGUGCAUCAUCUACCGCCAAUACCUCAACUGCAGUCCCUGUUAUCCCCCCUCUUCAUGAAAUGACUACCGAUAUUUUGCAAAUUGUUAGAUCAUUUGGGGCGACAGACGAAGAUACAUAUCGGAUUUCGCUUAGUCUUCAACAAGCUAUCCAAUACACUACGUUCGUCGACGAGAUUCCCCCUAUCCGCGAACCUACGCACACUCGUAUUCAUGAUGCCCCGAAAUUGAGGGAUAUUCGAAAACGCAUCGAUAAUCAAAGUUUGUCUCAAGCAGAAAUCGAGAACAUUGCCGUCGAGAUGCUUCCCGAAAUUGCUGAGUUAUCAUCAGAUUAUCUAGGCAAUACUGUCGUCCAGAAGCUCUUCGAGCAUUGUUCUGACGAGUUUAGGGACGCAAUGCUUACUGAGAUUGCCCCGCAUAUGGCUGAAAUUGGUGUGCACAAGAAUGGUACCUGGGCAGCUCAGAAGAUCAUUGACGUUUGCAAAACACAUCAUCAAAUGUCCCUUAUCGUUGAAAACCUGCGGCGGUAUACCAUUCCUUUAUUCCUCGAUCAAUAUGGCAACUACGUUCUGCAAGGAUGUCUAAAGUUUGGCCCUCCCUUCAACGACUUUAUUUUCGAGACCAUGCUUAGUAGAAUGUGGGAGGUUGGCCAGGGGCGAUAUGGAGCCCGAGCCAUGAGAGCAUGUCUCGAAAGUCACCAUGCCACAAAGGAGCAACAAAGGAUGCUUGCUGCCGCUAUCGCAUUGCAUAGUGUUCAACUUGCAACAAAUGCCAAUGGCGCGCUUUUGUUGACAUGGUUCCUAGAUACAUGCACUUUCCCCCAACGGCGCAGUGUGUUAGCCCCUCAGCUGGUUCCUUACCUAGUUCAUCUCUGCACCCACAAAGUUGCCUACCUCACGGUUUUGAAGGUCAUCAAUCAGAAAGCGGAACCUGAGGCACGGGAUACCAUCUUAAAAGCUCUUUUCUUUACCUCUAAGGAUCAAACUCUUGAGGCAAUCCUUAGCGAUCAUGCCUGUGGCGCUACUCUGAUAUUCAAAGUUUUGACCACUCCCUUUUUCGAUGAGACAAUUAGGAGUCAAGUCGUAGAGAACGUGAAAAAUGUUCUGGUACGUAUCAAGGCCCAACCGAAUCAGGGCUACAAGCGAUUGAUGGAUGAGGUUGGCUUGUCUACCCGAAGUGGUGGUGGUGGCGGUGGCGGAUCUCGUGAUCAAUCUGUUGGCCGCCAUGCAUCGAGUGAACGCCAGCGCCCUACUUCCCGACAAGCGCAAACGAGCAACGCUGCCGCUCAACAGAAUCCGCAAUACGGAACCCAGUACCUGAAUCCCCAUCCUCAGAGUACUCCGGCCAACUACGAGAUGACUGGCUAUCCUGUGCCACGUAGUGAGAACGGAGACCCCAACGUCCCCCCCUAUGCCCCGUAUGGACCUCAAGCGCCGGUAUAUAAUGGGGCCAACGGAUCACUGGCACCUAUGAAUAUGCAGCAAAUGCAAUAUCAGCAGAAUAUGCUUUCGCGUGGCACGCCGCCAAUGAACACCUUCUAUCCGCCAAUGCCAGCUGGGUAUGCAGGGUACAAUAAUGCAAACCCCGCUAUGGACCAAUUCCGAGGCCAGAAUCUGGCGAAUAGUAGCCCUAUUCAGCCUCCCGGAGCGCCAGCAGGUUUUGCGCCUCCUGGAUUUGGUAUGGGGGUAAAUAUGGGCGGCUAUGGAUACUCUAAUGGGAUGCCGAAUGUUCCAUACAUGCAAGAACAACCUGUCGGUUCGAGACGCGGACGCGUAAGUCAACCCCCUCGAAAGCGUUCGCCUCGACCAUAA